AUGACUCAGUUUACUACCGAACAAUUCGAGCGGCUUAUGCAAGCUGUCGGCCAUUUUAAUACACGAGCUGGCUCGUUCAGCAAUUGUACUGCUCGUUAUGGUGGUGAACGCGAGUCCACAAAGGUUGAGGAGUUUAUUGCUGCUGUAGCGACAUUUAAAGCCGUUGAGAAAAUAAAUGAUGCCGACGCAAUCAUAGGUAUGCCGAUGAUUCUUGAGGGCGACGCCGCAGAAUGGUGGCGUGGUGUACAAGAAAAAGCAAAAGCUUUUGACGAUGUUGUCCGAAUGCUCCGAGAAGCUUUUUCCCCUCUGAAACCAUCAUGGCGAAUAUACGGUGAUAUUUUUGAAUGUAAGCAACAAAAAAAUGAACCGACAGACACUUUUGUUCGAAAAAAGCGUGCACUGUUUUCACAACUCACAAAUGUGCCGAACGAAGCCGAUCAAAUCGACAUUUUGUUUGGAAUGCUGCACUUGCAAAUUCGGGACAGGGUGAGUCGUAAGCGAAUUAAUACAUUCGAUGAUUUAUUGAACGAAGCUCGCGAAGCCGAGUUGACCCUGCGAGAACACAAAACGCCGACUGUGAACGCUGAUAAAGCUGUUGUUAGCACAAGUGCGAUGCGAUUUUUGUCAUAA